AUGAACGACCCCAACCCCGACACGCCCUCAACCGAGCCGGCCGACGCUACGGGCUUAAGCCACCGAUCCACUCCCGACGCGGGGCCCUCUCCCUCACCCCAGGCCGCCGAUGUCUCCUCUCUCUCUGUACCCCCGACGCCUUCCUGGCCCGAGCCUCUGACACCUUCGCGGGUAGGAUUCAUUCCCCUCGUCACCGUCGUCGACUUUCACCAUGCGAGGGGCCCCGAAGUCGAGGCUUGGUUUGGGGCCGCUGAAGGCUCCGACCCCGCCGUCGACUAUAACUGGCCUCUGUUGCCCUUUAUGGCCCUGAGUGAUGGCGCACAUGCAUCCGAAGAAGACUUCUCCUACUUCACCCUCCUCCGACCCGAGUCUCCGGCCGGCCCGGCUACCUCUCUGUUCGGCAUCGCCUGCACUCGUCAGCUCGAUUCGUCUCAGCUCAUCAACCGCCCUGCCGAUGUUACCCGCUCCACCGUGCAAAAGGCUGUCGUCAUCAUCGCCGACAGCCCCCAGGCUUUCGGUAUGCUACGAGAACGCCUCAGCAUCGUCACCAAGGCGUGGUUCGCCCAGCGCGAGUUUACCGACGUCGAGAUCCUCAAGGGCUUUCAGGAGAGUUUGGCCGACGAGAAGAGACGCGGCCUUAUGAAGGCCGAGGAGGAGAAUAAUGACCAUAAUCUUGGCAUGAGCCUGCGAGAGCUUGUGCACGAGUUUAAGUGGCAGUCACUUGUCUUGCUCAAGGCGUGCCUACUACAACGAAAGGACUGUGCCGACCCGGAGCUCAACGAGUAUGAAAAGAACCUGACGCCGCCCACGAGCUUACGAACGAGCGAUAGGGCUUCUCUUCUCCAGUAUAUGGGUCUACCCCUCCAGAUAUUUGGCAAGGGGAGCCUGUUUGGCCCGUAUACACCUCUCCAGCAGCUCGACAUCCUUGCCGACUUUGGAACCAAGUCGUACAUUGUCGGCAGCACAAACUCUCUCCUCCUCCAGCAAAAAGAUCGGUACAGCGAUAUCCUCAUCAACCUCGACGAGAGCACCAUCAACAUCUCGUCUCCUUCACUCAGAUCAGCCCUCGCUCUCACCGCCUCGGAUAGGCGGUGGAUAGAUUACCUCACCCAAGAGGUCAACGAGACCUGGGAUGAAGCCAACCCUAGCAGGCCCACGACACUACGCUACGUCGGGAGCGAAGAGUUUAUCCGCCUGCAGUUUGAGGAGUACAUUCUGGCCCUCAUCGCUUCGGUCAAGUACCACAACUACAUCAAGAAGAGCCCCGACGACUUUAGAGUCCUACUACCCCAUAUUGAGGGCGACCCCGCCAUCGACUUUGGCACCGAGGGGCUCACUAUCGACGAUGUCCAGAGGCGGAUAGCCGAGCAAGUCAAGGAGCUUCACCUCGACGAACGAUUUGCCCAGGGGAGGGAGGCCUUGGAGCGGAAUCUGGCUUUCGGGCGUGACAAGGCCUCCACCAUGUUCAACAAGAUUUACGCUGACAUGGAGGCCUUCCGCGAGACCCAGCGCAAGAAGGCCGAGGAGGCCAAAACACUCCAGGGAAACGAGCGGAUGACGGGAGCGGGCCAGCAGGGAGCCUUUACCGGAGUCGAUCUUACCAAGGCCCAAGCCACGAUGCAGUCUGUCGGGUCCAAGGCGGGCGCCUACGUAAGCAGCUGGGCGACAUGGGCCGGCGAGAAGCGCAAGACGGGCUGGGGAAAGCAGGGCUGGGGCCUCGGCGGCGGCGGAAGCAAGGGUAAGACCCCGGAUGAGGAUAAUGGACUGCUGGGCUCUCCUGUCGUCGAGGAGAAGGGAUACCAAAUGCUCGGCUCUCGGAAUGGGGCCGGCUCGAGGCUGUCGGGAAGCUCGACGGCGUCGGAGGACAACUACAACGACAGAGGUGACCUGGACCGCAGGGCACCCAAUGGCAACGGUGGAAUGUCGGUGACGCAGGAGGGCUUUGUAGCCGUCGAGACACCCGGAUCUCUGGCGAAGCGCCCGGCGGGCGCGCCGGUGCAGAUCAAAGACGACGCAAACAGCGACAAGCUGUAA